AUGGGCCCCUGUACCGCCUCCUCAUGCUGCUGCCAGGCCCGUAAUCUGCCAUGGGCCCCUGUACCGCCUCCUCAUGCUGCUGCCAGGCCCGUAAUCUGCCAUGGGCCCCCGUACCGCCUCCUCAUGCUGCUGCCAGGCCCGUAAUCUGCCAUGGGCCCCUGUACCGCCUCCUCAUGCUGCUGCCAGGUCCAGAGUGUGUCAUGGGUCCCUGUACGGCCUCCCAUGCUGCUGCUGUCUCCAUCGCCACACUCUGCCAUGUGCCACUUUCAGGUCUCCUCACACUGCUGGUGGGUUCCAUUUUUGUCAUAGGGUGCUGUAAUGGCCUCCCAUUGCUGCUGCCUCCACUGCCCGCCACACUGUGGCUCCACACUCUGGUUUUGGCCCCGUGACUGCCCAAAUGAGUGAAGUGUGCGGUGAUUCUAAGAUCGACGGCACUCAUCUGCAUGUCAUACUGACUGACAGUAUUAUUUUCUCUCCCCAGCAGACUCCAAGGGCAUUUAAAUUAAAGGUACAGUGUUCUGCACUAAUAUAA